AUGAGAGCCGCAAACGGCGUCACUCGCCCUAAUCCCACGCCUCCACCCUCCUCUGCCCGCUACCCCCUCGUUACACCAUCUCCGAGCCCACGGGAGCCCACGGAGGAACUUUCCGUGCCCCCGCCCCGCAAGCUUGUGUCGUGCCCAGUGUCCCCGGAGCUGAAAGAGCGCAAGGAGGAUGCGAAAGGCAUGGAAGACGAAGGGCAGACGAAAAUCAAGCAGCGGAGAAGCAGGACGAAUUUCACCCUGGAGCAGCUGAACGAGCUGGAAAGGCUUUUCGACGAGACCCACUACCCGGACGCCUUCAUGCGGGAGGAGCUGAGCCAGCGGCUGGGGCUGUCCGAAGCCCGAGUGCAGGUUUUCCAAAACAGAAGAGCCAAAUGCCGAAAGCGAAACCAACUGCACAAAGGAGUUCUCAUAGGGGCCGCCAGCCAGUUCGAAGCCUGCCGGGUGGCCCCUUACGUCAACGUGGGAGCGCUGCGGAUGCCCUUCCAGCAGGCAAGUGUGCCCGUGGGGUGCGGGGUAUGGGGGCCGUGGGGUGUGGAUUAUUGGAUAUGGGGUGUGUAG